AAGGUUUUAGUGUGAUUUGAAGAGAAGGAAAUGAACGAGCCGUUUCCAACGACCAAGGAGGACUUUGCAGAUCAAGUAAGACCGAAAUUUGCAGCUCCGCAUUUUCACAAUCGCCCUUUUCCAAUCGAGAUGGAAACGGAUUUGCAAACUGAUUUGGUCCUGGUGUACCAAGCUAAGUCGGUGCAGAAUGAUAAGAUCAAGGCGAGGGACGUUUUCGAGCAAAAUCUGAAAAACUCCGGCUUGGUUUUGCAGCACGAGUCCGGAAAGGACAUUGCGAAAGAGGACGACGUGGUUUUUGUCAAAAUCCACGCUCCGGCCGACGUGCUGAUCAAACACGCAGAUUUGCUAGGACUGAAGAAGCAAGUCAAGUUGCCGAAAAAUCUGAAAUUUCGGGCAAAGACGAAGAAAACGCCGAAUUUCAUGAAGCCGCACUUGAACUCGGAUGGAACUCCGCAGACCCUGAGAGUCACUUUCAGAGAGGAAUUCGUGGAAUUGUUCGGCGACGAGGAUAAAUUGUUCUCGCCGGCGGAAAGGGCCGACAUUGUGUGGGACUUGCUGCGAAGAACGCCCUACGGCGACAAAGAAGAAGAGAUCGGAAUCCGACGUCUGAUCAACCGGGAUUGCUACACGGCGGCGUACCCCCUUCACGACGGCCCCUACCUUUUGAACGCGACCUCCGGCACAAAUGACAGAUCCGAGUUGUUCCGAGAGUGGGCCCGGUUGAAGGUCUGGUACAAGGUGCAGCCUUUGGAUAAAAUCCGCGACUAUUUCGGGGAUGAAGUUGCCCUUUACUUCGCUUGGCUCGGCUUCUACACCAAAAUGCUGAUCCCGGCGUCGAUAGUGGGUCUCAUUUGCUUCAUUUACGGUCUCGCCACCAUGGACAACCAACAGAUCAACACGCCAAGCUUCGAAAUGUGCAACAAGACGGGAGUGGGCGGCCAAUACCUGUGCCCCGAUUGUCUGAACGGCGCCUGCUCCUAUCAGCUCUUGGCCGAUUCGUGUUUGUACGCGCGACUCAACCACGUGUUCGACAACACGUCCACCGUCCUCUUCGCCACGUUCAUGUCAUUCUGGGCCACCAUGUUUCUGGAGCUGUGGAAACGGAAGCAGGCGCGGUUGGUGCAGAAGUGGGGCCUGACGGACGCACAGAUGGACAUGGAAACGAGACCCGAGUUCGCGGCCUCGGUGCAAACGACUCGGCCAAACAAGUUCACGGGCCAGCCCGAACCGUACAUUCCCUUUUGGAACAAAGUUGUGCGCGUUUUCACGACGAUUUCCGGAGUUGCUUUCAUGCUUGCCGUCGUUGUGAGCGCCAUCAUCGGAGUGAUCGUCUACGAAUUGGCGAUCGUCGCGGCUUUUUACGACAGCGGCGACGAUUUCCUCAAACAAAACACGCAAAUCCUGACCUCGAUGACCGCGGCCCUUAUUAACUUGAUCGUCAUCAUGAUUUUGACUAUCGUUUACAAACGCAUUGCGAAAUUUCUCACCGAUCUCGAGUGUCCGAGAACGCAGUCCGAUUACGAGGAGAGUUUCACUUUUAAAAUUUUCGUUUUCGAGUUCGUCAAUUGCUACUCUUCCCUUUUCUACAUCGCCUUUUUCAAGGGGAAAUUUUACACUUAUCCCGGAGACGAUAACAUGUGGAACAGUUUCCUCGGAAUCGGCGCCGACACGUGCGACCCUGCCGGUUGCAUUUCCGAGCUUUUCAUUCAGCUCAUCGUCAUCAUGGUGGGCAAGCAGUUUUUCAACAACUUCAUGGAAAUCGCCGUUCCAUACAUCCGAAAAUGGCUCGCGUCGGACGAAAAGAAGGUUUUGUUCCAGAAAAGCCCGCAGUGGGAACGCGACUACACUUUGGAGGCGCCACAGGACCACUCAAUGUCCCUAUUCGAAGAGUUCAUGGAAAUGAUUUUGCAAUUCGGAUUCACAACCCUUUUCGUCGCCUCCUUCCCGCUGGCGCCGAUGUUCGCCCUUCUGAACAACUUUUUGGAAAUCAGACUGGACGCGUACAAGAUUCUGUGCAAAUUCCAAAGACCGGUGCCGAAGAGGACGGCCUCGCUGGGCGCGUGGUUCACCAUUUUGCAAACGCUCACUUACAUCGCGGUCGUCACAAAUGCCAUCGUGAUCGCUUUUACGUCGGAAUUCAUCCCGCGCCUCGUUUACUGGUGGACCAAAUCCAACAAUGGACUGGAAGGAUACGUUCAAUACACUCUUUCAAUAUUUUUGAUUGACAAUUACGAUGCGGCGGUCGAGCGCCCACCAGGAUUGACCGAGUGCGUUUACAACGGAUUUAGGUACCCGCCGUCGGAUCCGAAUGAAUAUGAAGUGACCAUGGAGCAUUGGCACGUUUUGGCGGCGCGAUUGGCAUUUAUUGUCAUUUUCGAGCACUUGGUGUUUGGAAUCUCCGGCCUGAUUGCCGCUGCAAUUCCGGACUUGCCGUGGGACGUCAAGGAGAGAGAGUAUUUGGAGGAAAAACUCGUCAACAAGGAGACUGAAAAGUAUCGCAAGAAAAAGACUCGCUCGAUGAGCCCUUCGACGGAGGCAUUAAUUUCCCACGAGGACAAAAAUUUUGGAUCAACAACUGUUCUAGUUUGAAACUUCCAAGUUGUGUAUUUUAAACAGAAAAAAUAUAUAUAUGUUUAUUUUGAUUUAAAAGGUUAAAUAAACUUUUCCGACUGAACAAAUGAUUUGAAAUC